UAAUAGCGGCAGGAACAUGAAGUAUCUAUUAUAUCUAUAUCAUAUAUUCGCACACACGGUUACAUACAUUCCGAGCGCGUCGCGUCAUCCAGUAUCCAGUCGGAGCCUGUCGUCGUUCCGCAGUGGAGUCGACGAAGUUUGCCGGCUCGUUGAAUCUGUCAAGGUCGACCAGAUCUGUCAACCGUAACGCGCUGACAGGAAGUACGGUGCAGUUAGUGCAGUGCGCGUCAGCUGUGCGACGCGACGCGCGCUCCAAUGUCUUCGUCGCGGUCCGGAGAAUCCGCCGCCGAUUAUCAGCGAUUUAACAAUGAGACGGGUCUGCCGCUCGAUCAAGAGAUCUCCAAUGGUUCCAAUCGACAAUAUGGCUCUAUGUUGUCUUCCCCUUCUUCGGAAAGUCAUGUGAAGUUUUCAUUCGACAAUGGUAAUACUGCUAAUCAACUAGAUUGUAAAUACGAAGCAGGUGAGACAGGGACUGGAAGCAUGACUGAGAAUAUAGUGUUUACUCCAUGUAACGCAACUCUUGAUAUGGACAUGCAUUGGGAAAUGAAUUAUCAUGAAGCUGCAAUAUUUUUAGAGGAAGGUAGAAAUAAUGAGAAAUUUGAUUCUCAUCCAAAACAUCCUGAAGAUUUACCAGCAUAUCUCUUAGUCCAUAACAGUUGUUACAAUGGAUUGGAUUUGAUGACUUCAUUAAUCCUGCUGUCUCUUGCAAUUGUAGAAGAACCGGCUCUUCCACUAUUCAAAGUACCAGUGUGGGUACAUGGUUCAGUAGAAUUACUUGCUUUAAUUACUAUUGGUGUGGAAUUAGCUUUAAAGCUGAGAUGGACUGGAUGGGCUCCUAUGUUAAAACAUAAACGUACAAUAUUGAAAUUUAUCACAUUAGUUAUUAUGUUUCUCGAAGCUAUGACAAUCCUGGUACGGCAAUCCUCGCAUUUCCGCGUAACGCGUGCCCUGAGACCUAUCUUUUUAAUAGAUACAAAAUAUUGCGGAGGAGUAAGGCGAUUUAUAAGACAGAUACUUCUCACAUUACCACCCAUCUUAGAUAUGUUGGGCCUUCUUUUUUUCUUGAUUAUUGUAUAUACAGUAUUAGGUUAUUAUAUGUUCAGUGAAAUGAACAGGAAUUUUUCCACGUUGCAAGAUAGCUUCGUCAGUCUGUUUGUCCUUCUUACCACUGCUAACUUUCCGGAUGUAAUGAUGCCGUCUUAUUCGCAAAAUAAGUGGUACGCGAUAUACUUUGUAUCGUAUUUAUGUACCAUGCUGUAUGUAAUGAUGAAUUUAAUGUUGGCGGUGGUAAACGAAACAUUCACGUCUCGCGAACGUGACAAGUUUAAGAAACUGUUCCUGCAUAAGAGGAAAGCAUGUCAACACGCUUUUAAGUUACUAGUUUCUAAACAGGAUCCUGACAAAAUGCGAUUCCGUCAGUUCGAAGGUUUAAUGCGAUAUUAUGCUCCAAACAAAUCCCUACGAGACAUUGUUUUAAUGUUUUGUCAUAUGAAUGCAUCGGGAAGCGGCGCUUUAAAUUGCGAGGAAUUCUUGUCGAUUUACGACGCCGCGACACUUCAAUGGGACUUACAAUACUCUAACAUACCAUGGUAUCGAGCCACGACAUGGUGGCCUCUGCAAAUGCUGUGCACAGGCGCCCACACUAUUAUCAAAUGGCCAUACUUCGAAAUGUUGGUGUGUGUUAUCAUUACUGGUAAUUGUAUCGCAAUGAUAAUAAGAAUCAUAGAACCGAGUAGUAGUCUUGUAGAAUCGGCUCAUGGAUUCGCUGCGUGUUGGGAUACUCUAUUGUUUGGGGGACUUUUUGUGGCUGAAGCAUUAGCAAAGGUAUUAGCUCUUGGUAUUAGAUGUUACCUGAGCUCAGGAUGGAAUCUUUUUGACUUGGGAACAUCGAUAAUGACUCUUGUCGCUGCAUGCGCUCUCAUUUUAUUUCCCUCGGCUACAUUCCUGGUUAUGUUCCGGCCACUCAGAACAUUGAGAUUGUUCAAGAUAAAGAAGCGCUAUCGAGAUGUUUUCGGUACUCUUGUGAUUCUAUCUCCCCAGAUGUGUUCGACGGCGAUUGUUAUGUUGGUCUUGUACUACUUUUUCGCGAUUAUCGGGAUGGAACUAUUCGCCGGAUACGAUAUGCGGAAUUGCUGCAAGAAUACAACCGUCGAGGAUUUUUAUGAAUAUUCUGUCAAUGGUAGCACAGCACUGGGAUACUAUUAUCUUAAUACUUUCGACAAUCUCCUAGCGAGUGGUAUGACGCUCUUCGAAUUGACAGUUGUUAAUAAUUGGUUUAUACAAAUGAAUGCAUAUGCAUUUACCGCGGGCAUGUACACAAGGAUAUAUUUUAUGAUAUUUUAUUUGGUAACAAUGAUCGUAUUGACUAUCGUAGUAUCCAGUUUCUUGGAAGCUUUUCGAUUUAGGAUACAAUAUAAAAAAUCGACUUCAAAACACGACGAAGAAAAAAUGCUCCAUGAGGAAGUGGAAUUAAAGUGGAACGAAUUACAAUGCAUAAUUGAAGAUUUUCAAAUUCUGGAAAAUCUGCGCAACUCUUUGGUCGUUGGAGGAAGCACUCUGUUCAUUGGUUCACGACCGCGAACGCGAGAAGUUUUACAAAGAAAAAUGUAUACUCAUGAGAUAAAUGAGUGGAUAGCCGAAGUAAAGUCGGAAGAAAAGCAACUGGUACCUAAUGUAGCGCAUAAUAUAGAGGACCCAAAUAGUGAUAGUAUUUCCGAUACAGAUCAUCUUGUAACAAACGGCAAUUUGCGUCAAUAAAACAAUAGUUAUUAUCUAAUAAAGAUAAAGAUAGCGGCGUGACUUAUAGACUGUAUUCUGAAAAUUAAUUUAUAUUUUUUGCUUACAGUAGUGUAAAUACAUUUACUAUAAUAUACUAUAUAAAAUUCACUCACUUAAACAUUAAUUUAACAUUAACGUAAAUAUUUUUUUGACAGUAAAAAAAGAUAAUGUAUUAUAUGCCGGAUCAAAAAUCUUUUUUUAAUUAUCUUUUAUUUAUUUUUUUUAAUGAUAGAAUUCUAAAAGAGGUACGAUUAUUAUCAAGUUUUAAUAUAAAUAAAUAUGACUUUUAUAUAUAUUUUGAUACUACAAACUAGUCGCGAACAUUACAAAAUGAUUUUGUUCUAUUUAAGAAACAAUUAUUAUGAUGUGCCUCAACUUUAUUGAUGCGCCAUUUCACAGUACGAAUGUAUGAUAAUUUAUGAUGAUUUAUGAUAAUUACCCAUUGAUACUGAUCAUUAAAUAUAUAGAUGAGAUAUGCCGCAAAACACAAUACUCAUACAUUAGAUUAAAAUUCUGAUAUUUUAAUGUACAAAAUAAGCAAUGUUAUUUUUGUUGCUUUUUAUAAAAGCUUUAUUCGCAAUGUUAAUUAUUGCAAUUUUAAUAUAAUUAAAAUAUAUAUUCAGAGUUGGCUCGAAAAGAUAACGGGAUUUGGAGCAGGAUGAUAUUUAUACUUCUAUUUAUUAUUUUUUUUAUAAAGUUGAACGAAAUUUCUAUUUCUCAAAGUCAAAAUAUAAACGAAGGAAACAUUUUUUUUCCUCUGGUUCUUGUAUAUCACGUGAUUCAAUGACAGUAAUUUACAAGUUAUAUAUAGACAUAUCUGAUAUUGUUACAUAUUAUACUAGCGCGAAAGAGACUUUUAUCUUCCCAUCUAUGAUAUAACAAUUUGUAUUUAUUUAAUAGAUCGAUGCUUUAUUAUCUAAUAAUAAUAAAAUUAUAUAAAAUU